AUGUCGAUCCAAUAUCACCAACGCUCUACUUGGGUUCCAUCCGGCUCUCUACAAACAUACUCGGCUGAUAAUUCAUUCACUCCCUUGGUUCAGUCAUCUUCAUUACCACAUUCAAUGGAUACCAGCAUUAGAAAACGAUCUUGGGCUACUCAUGCCACGACUGCUAUUUUGAAAAAUGAUACAAUCCAGUCUAAACGCAUUAAGCUAGCUACAACUGAGCCAUUUUGUCAGGUCGAUGUCUCUAAUAAAAGCAAACGACCAUGUCCAGACGAAUUUCCCAUGGAUACGAGCGUAGACUUGGAUCGUUACACGACUGAGUUGCCAAUGCACAAGCGUAUUUGUUGUCGUUCAGAGCCAGAUUCUACACUUGAUGACCUGGUUGAAUCUAAUUCUCCAUAUUCGAUUCAAUCCAAAGCAGAUACCAGAUGCAUUGAUAAUCAAAAGAACAUCAAUGCGCUCUCAUCUCAAUGGGUGGAUAAAAGUUUGGCUAUUCCAGCAUGCAAUCCACCUUGGUCGUUGGCAGACGCUUCCUUUGAAUGCAACAUUGAUGUGGAUGCAUUUUGUCGAGCACAAUUCCAACCGACAUCCAAGCCCACGAGUUGUCUAUCGUCCUAUGAAUUCGCUGUUGGUGGAGGCCAGUUAGUUCGAUGGCAGGAGCCUCUUUCUCCUGGCCAGAUUCUUGCUCAAUCUAGCCAGUGCACAAAACAUCAUACAGAUGCGCAUGUUGCAAACUCUUCCGAUAUGGACAAUGACGAUCCGCAGAAUGAGCUAGAAAACUCGAUUCCAAUGGAAUUGUAA